AUGGACAGUCUUGAGGCACCCUCUAAAACUAUGGACAGUCUAGAGGCACCCUCUAAAACUAUGGACAGUCUUGAGGCACCCUCUAAAAUUAUGGACAGUCUUGAGGCACCCUCUAAAACUAUGGACAGUCUAGAGGCACCCUCUAAAACUAUGGAAAGUCUUGAGGCACCCUCUAAAACUAUGGACAGUCUUGAGGCACACUCUAAAAUUAUGGACAGUCUUGAGGCGCCCUCUAAAAUUAUGGACAGUCUAGAGGCGCCCUCUAAAACUUUGGACAGUCUUGAGGCACCCUCUAAAAUUAUGGACAGUCUUGAGGCACCCUCUAAACCUCUAAAACUAUGGACAGUCUUGAGGCACCGUCUAACAUUAUGGACAGUCUUGAGGCACCCUCUUAAAUUAUGGACAGUCCCGAGGCGCUCUCUAAAAUUAUGGACAGUCUAGAGGCACCCUCUAAAACUAUGGACAGUCUUGAG